UUUUCUAAUCCGACGCUUUCCUUUCUAUUAAACGAUCACCACAACGAUGCGGUGUUUGCCAUGUGCUCGCAGAGUGCACCGUUCCUCUCUGGUGUCACUCCUUAGAUGGCUGCGACCCCUGCUGUGAACACCGCCGUUUGUGAGCGAGUGGUGGCGGCUGUCAUACUGGCCAUCCAGCCGCCCAGUUUGUGGAGAUAGAACUUGGCUGCUGUGAUGGCGCUGCAGCUGAGGAACCGGGAUGCAGUGUACUACCAGAGUGCAGACUAUCACAGGACUUAUACCUCAGCGACUGUUAGCGGCCAUUAUCUUUCGCCUUUGCCAGGUCCAGAGGCCAUGUUGAAGCCUGCCCUCAGUCUCUUUAGCCAUCCACAGCAGCCUUUUCAACACAUGGACUCUGUGCACCAGCUGGGACCUCCACCAAUGGUGCCUACACAGACACUCUGCCCACCACCAGUCGGCCCGACUCCAGCAAUUGGACCCCCAAAUAUGGGUCCUACCCAGACUUUAGGCCCCCCUCCCAUCACCACUACUCACACCUUGAGGCCUCCUACCAUUGCUCCUACACACACCCUAGGGCCACCUCCAGUGGUUCCUGCUCAGCCACUGGGGCCUCCUUCUAUGAUGCACACCUUGGGUCCUCCGUGUCUGGGCUGCUCACAAGCAGUGGUGCCUCCUUGCUUAGACCUACCACAACCACUGGGGCCUCCACCUCUGAACCGUGCACAUGCAUUGGUGACCCCGGUGCCUCCUGGAGCGAACAGAUUCCCCCUGCCACCCAGCCCCCUGUCCGCUCCCCUUACCCCAAGCCCAGAACCCACACAACUGCACCCAAGGUCUGGACCUCCCCUAAUUUCAUCCCAAGUGUGCGGCCUUAUUCCAUGCACUCCUGCGGAUCAGGCAGCCUCAGCCAGCGAGCAGCCCCAGGAUGAGGGCUCUCCUCUGAGUGGGGAAGAACAGGAGGACUCUUUGGGCCUGGAAGAACUUUGUAAACCAUUGUAUUGUAAACUUUGCAAUGUUACUCUCAACUCAGCUCAGCAGGCACAGGCUCACUACCAGGGAAAGAACCACAGUAAAAAGUUGCGAAAUUUCUACGCUGGCAGCCAACAGCCUCCAGCCAUCAGAAUCCCUGAAGUGCUCGAGGUCUCUGGCCAGACAAACCUCAUCUCAGGAUCCAACAACAGUGAUACCGCAAGGCAGGCUCUGUAUAAAGGGCCCACUCGGGUCAUUUUGGCCACAGAGAAUGAUUAUUGUAAGCUGUGUGAUGCCUCCUUCAGCUCACUGUCAGUCGCACAGGCUCACUACCAAGGCAAGAACCACGCAAAGAAACUGCGGCUGGCCGAGGCUCAGCAGAACAACAACAUGGACGGGAGUAGUGAACUUACCCCAAGAAGGAACAGGAAAGACGGCAGCGAGUAUAGACUGGUAAAAAAUCGUCGUAGCCCUCAGCUUCUUACCUCCUUGCAAGGGCCAUACUACAACCCAAGACCAAGGCAGCGAAUCCCCAGGGAUCUAGCUAUGUGUGUGACCCCCAGUGGACAGUUCUACUGCUCCAUGUGCAACUGCGGAGCAGAACAGGAAACAGACUUCAGACAGCAUCUAGAAAGCAAGCAACACAAAGCUAAAGUGUCUGAGUUAAGGUAUCGAAACGAGAUGGAGAACUUGGGCUACAGCUAAGAGUGCAGAAAACAAAUGGGACAAAGAAGGAUGGAGGGAGAGCACAAGACCAAAGUGGUAGAUGGGGGCAUUUUUCCUAAGGGAUUAGUAUUAAAAUGCUGUUGCAGUUUGUAUGAAAAACCAUAUUAGAUACAAAAUGUUAGUUCUGCCAAGAAAAUUUAAAAACUAAAUUAUUCAAGAGAGAAAUAUAUUUCUGAUCCACUUGGUUUUUGUUUUUUUUAAUUCUAACUCAGGAUAUACAGUAGGUACAUAAAAGGUUGUUCAGCCUUUGCACCAGAUGUUAGGAGAGACACACAAAAACGUGCAGAGGUGUGGGUCACUUAGAAAAAAAGGUUUCAUAAGACAAAACAGAUUGUGGUUUUCUUGUGUACAAGUCAGAUCAAAGAUAAAGCACAACCAAUAUCAUGUGGGAGAAACAUGAAUGAAACAUGUGACAUGAAUCUGUUGGCCUUAGCUGACACUCAGCAGUUCUUUGUAUCAGACUUAAUGCGGCAUCUUGGCUGGCCUUGCUUGUGCCUUUUUUAGAGAAAUGGCUUAAGAGUAAUCUUCUGGAAAUGUACCGUAGUUAUAAUUUAACUGAUUUUUCUAUAUUCUUGGUCAGUUCUGUAUAAAACCGUGUUUAAAGUCAAUGAUAUCAAAUUGUAUCAAGCUAUAGACCGUAUUUAAAACCAUAUACAGUACAUGCAUUGUGUUAAAUAGUAGGUUCAUGAGCUAUUACACUGUAAAUAUGUAUUUAUUAUAAGGACAAACGUGUCUACUCAUCAGUACUAAUCACAUUAGUGAAUUUAGAUGGAAAUCACACAAGGAAGUGGUAAAAGCUGUCUGUGGGGCACCCAGAAUUGGUCCGCCACCUACUUUUGGGUUCUGAUAUAUGUAGAGAGCAUUCCUCUAAUAAACAUUGAUAGUUUUUAUUGUCAGAAGUUUACAUGCAUUUAUCAUGGACAUGUAUGCCAUAUUAAUUUUGGACCCUUAAUAUGCUUUAGUUUUUUUUUUUUUUUUAAUUAAAUAUGCUUUAGCAAGUUCAAUCACACACAGACACUUUUUGUAGCACUCAACAAGCUCCUGGCAUAAUUCUGGCUGGAUAGUUGACCAGUCUUCUUGGCAGAGUUCAUUUAAAUUGGUUGGUUUCCUGGGCUGGAGAUGACUUUUAAGACAAAUGUUCAAUAGGAUUGAGGUUAGGCCUUUGGUAAGGUAAUUUCUAGAGGCUUAAUGUUAGUCUGCUUCAUUAAUUCCAAAGCAGUUUUGAGGACUUCUAAGAUUUAGGCAAAUGCAUGUAUACAUUUGAACACCUACGUGUAAAUUUGACCCUGUGUAAAUUAGAGGAAAUUAUUAAAGAUGUACCUUGUACAAUGAUUACAUCCUGGAAAAAGAUUUAAAAUACAGUGGAACUUCGGUUUUGGUCAUUAAUUUGCAUCAAAAAGUCUGAAAAAAACUUACAAAAACCUGCAUGGAAAAUAAUGUUAAAAAAUAAAUGAAUCAGUUCAAAACACCCAAAGAUAUGAGUCAAGAAUACAUUUUAUAGAGAAUAAUUAGUUUUACAUGCGGAAAACAAUGUGAAAUAAUUAUGACAAAUAGAUGGAACUAAUUGUUGAUGCACACUUGUUGUACAUCCUGGUAAGACUGAAUUGUUCAAUAGUCUCUCACAUUCUUUUAUCUAAUACUGGGUCGUAGGUUUGCUCUUGAUUUCGCGGAACAAUACAGCAUAGGAGAAAUGCACUUGUUUGUUACCAGAUACCAAAACCAAAACAAAAUUUUAGCAAAUCGUACAAUAACUGGAGUGUACGAAAACCAAGGUUUGGAUGUAAAUCAUUAAGGAGCCAAAAUCAAUAGAACUUUGCAAUGAUGAGCAUAUGUAAACUGGGUUGUUUUUUUACUAAUUAAUAAGUGUCAAAACAUUCAUACAGUGUGGAACCUUUCUCAAGGCCAGUUAAAGGAUUUAAACCUGAGCCCAAACCAAAGUCCUUCCUGCAGGGCUGACCCCAUCAUCAAUGAAGUACCCCGUGUUGUAAAUAUUAGCCAUUGCCAAUGGAAACUAACUGCUGGAGUUGCAAUAGCUGGGGGGAUGUUUUUAUCAUGCUCUCAUUCACAGGGCAUGAAUACACACUCAAAAUAAGGGAAUAUAGUAAGGACAAAGAAGCUGCGUGGAGUGGGGGUUAUGAGACAAGAAACUCCCGAGUUGUUUUUUUACUCAGUAAGAGGUCAAUAAGCAUGGGCACUUCUAGGAAUAAUAGGCUUAGUCUUACGUGAAAUCACUGGUAGUAGCAUGUCAGAGCAUUGACAGUCUUUGCAGCCUACAGGACAGAGCUUCGUGAAAAAGGCCACAGCUGUUGUUCUCGAUAGUUUUGAGAAAACUUGACAUUGCAUGAGGCCACAAGAUGACUUGCAAAAUUACACGGUAAUUGAUUGCAUCUUUUGCAUGAGCUUGAAAAAGUAUUUUUGGGGAAUGCCCUGUUCAUUUUGCUAAUUUGAAAUCAAAUAGCUGGAUACUACUAAAAACAUAAUUAGAAGAAAAAAACUUGUCUGUAUUGAUUAACAUGAUUUGUUGUGAACAAGCUAUUGUGGAAUACUACUACUACUACUACUACUACUACUAAUAAUAAUAGUAAGAUAAGAUGAAGUCACAAAACCCUUGCAGCUGUUGAAGGCAUAUGCUAAAUUAUUGUAAUCAUCAGUGUUAAUAGCUCACUAGUAGGCUCUGUAAUUCCCUAUUGUGCACUGAAAUAAGCUAUACCUGUCAGGUUCUCGGUGUGGUUAGGACCCCAGAUGCAGAGGCUUAGAGUUCGUGUGGUCAUUCAGGAUUUUUAAUGACAAAAAGUGCAAGAGAGAGUAGAUCCAAAAACAGAAAACGAUGGUGUUGUGGCAAAAAUAGAGACAAAAGGCAAAUGAAAGUUACACCAUGAAGAAAAGUACAAACACUGGAGUUAGCUGGACGGCAGGGAGGCGGCAGGUCCAAAUGGGCAUGGAACAACGACUGGUAGCAGAAGCACUCGGGUGUGUUGCCAGCAGAGGCGAAACAAUGAACCAGCGGCUGCCAGCUGUGGGUAGUCUGCUUAAAUGAGUAUUGGGUAAUUAGCCACAGGUGUGCCCAGCGUCCCCGCCUCCAGCCCGCUUAAGGUGUAACUGCAACCAUAAAGGAAAAACAAGCCAGAAGAAGGCAGGUACCACGCAGUGACAACCACAACAAAUGGUAGUCACUAGCACAUUGUGACAAUACCGGUAUAAAUAAGGUACUGUUUUCUUAUUAGACACUUAUUUAUUUUCAGGUUAAUUCCCAAAAAACAUCCUAUUUUGUACAUACAUUUAAAUGGUCUAUAAUGAACUACAAUAUAAAGCCCAGUAUGAUGGAGAUUGACAUGUGCUGGGGCAUUAGAAUUGUCACAAUGCUGUUGUCCAUAAAGAAAUAUGCCACUAAAUGCAAAUUUGUUUUUGUACUUUUGUACCGAGAAUCAUCUGCACUGACGUUUGCAUAAUUAAUGUGUAUUUGCAGGUUUGCAUUUUUUGUAUUCAUCACCUCUGACUAGACUGGUCGAUCAAUUGGAUGGGUGGGGGGGAGACACCUCACAAAAUUCACCUAUUUCAGAAGCUUCAAUAAAAAAGCCUUGAGUCAGCACCUCACCAUCUGAAAAUCUGCAGUAUGUACAUAACUAUACUGCCAAAUACCACUUCAGAUUCACCAGCAUUCUCAACAGCAGCAUUACUUUGUCAGCUUUGCUGUCAGAGACGCCAACAUUACUCCAGCCACACUUCAUUUGCUUGAAUGAACCCAACAGUACAUGCUGUAAUCAUGCAUUAACGCAGGGGUCGGGAACCUUUUUGGAUAAGAGAGCACUGAAAGCCACAUAUUUUUAAAAUGCAUUUCUGUGAGAGCCAUAGCAUAUUUUUUAACAUUGAAUACAACUGAAUGUGUGCAUUUUUAAACAAGACCAACAAUUUUCUAUCCAUCCAUCUACCGCUUAUCCGAGGUCGGGUCGUGGGGGCAGCAGCAUUAGCAGGGAAGCCCAGACGUCCCUCUACCCAGCCACUUCGUCCUGCUCCUCCGGCGAAUACUGUAAUAGCACAAACCUCACUAUACUUUAGAGCAGUGAGUUCACAAUUUGGACACCGCUGGUACACGCAAUAGUACUACUAAUGGUGAUAGACGUUUUAAGAAAUACUUAAAAGUAGUUAACAGUUUCUGUACAGGAACAGUAAAGUCAUUUUGAUUAACUUAUCCUGUUCUCUCCCAACAAUCUACAUCUGGGGUGUCUGAAGUGCGAGCUCGUUUUUUAUUGGACCUCGGCUAUUCCGAAAAUGUAGUUAUCAUUAAUUAAAAAUAUAUUAAUAGAUAAUCCUCGUCCCUCGCUACAUCGUGGUUCGAAUAUCGCUACCUUGAUCUAUCGCGGUUUUAAAAAAAUGAAAAAAUGAUCUCUGUGGCAUGGUUGACUAUGGCCUAUUAUUACUGUGAAAAUAUUGAAAUACAAGUCAUAUGUAGUGUUCCGGUCAUUGGGCGUCAGAAACGGUACACUGAUGAGACAUAGAUUACAUUACCUUAACACUGCAUGGUGUCAGCCAUGACAUGUCCGACAAUAUAAGAGUGAAAAAAAAAAAACCUCUUUUCCCAUUCCACGUGGAAGUGAUACAUUAUUGGCUUCUUACUGUGUCCUUUUCCUCAAUCCGUUUCAAACACUAAGUUUAGAACAAAUAAACUGGAGGCUAACUAGUUAGCUUGGUAGCUUGCUAUAUGCUGAGCGGCAGCCAUCUGUUAUGUCCCUGCAGUGAUCCCGUAGCCUGCACAAUGUGGUGUAAACAAAGAAUAACAGGAAUGGAAAGACGACUAUAGUGGUGUUAUUUCAUGUCUACAGGGCUCUAAUAACAGUUGAAAAACAUUGAGAAAGUCAUAAAAAGGUUUUCUAUACUUUAACUACAAAAAUAUUCAGUAACCGCAAUAAAUGAGGGACGACUGUACAGUACUGGGUUACUACUAAUCCCAACAAUGUGUCCUUCAGUUACACAAUAUAUUAUAUGAGCAGCAGUUGGUACUUUAUACUACAUGAGCAGAAAUGAUCCACCUGAGACUGUUAGUCAUAGGUUGUACUGGUACAGGCUACAUUCACUGUCCUGAAAGUGCUUGCUUGCACUUUGGUACGAAAGCCUGGUCAGGCAAGCCCAGCAGAACUGCCGUCUGCACUGGGUGCAGGUCAUGAUAUUGCACCCCAUGUUUUUCUGCAACAUAAAAGCACAGAUGGUUUAAAAAUGUUCAUUUUUUGGAUUAUACACCUACAGGGAAGUACAACAAGACAAUAAGUAGUACAGUACCUGUAUUCUGCAGAAGCAGUAGGGGCAAUUUUUACUGUUGAAAGUAAUCCAGUCCUCACUUAGGAAGUCCUCUAGAGUGCCACGCAGGCUUUCCCGACCGUACCUGCUCUCUAGCAGGCGCUUCCUUUGUUUACUGCCACUGGCAUAGUCAUCCCAUAGCGCUGUCAUACCGUCUGAGACACAUAACAAACGUGACAAGUUAUGAAUACCUAUCUAAAAAAUCAAUAUAAGUAAAAAAACUAAAUUUUUGUAAUUUUUAAUACCUACCAAUGGAUUGGGGUAGGUCUGCAUCGCCUUGCUGUGGGUCAUUUUUUUUAGGUUUCUUCAGCAUCCCUGUUGCCUUGCAGUCAUCUGUUCCAUGGUAGGUCUUCUUGCAGGAAACACAGAAGGCAAAGCCACAGACAGAGCAGAGCGCCACACUGCUGGCUUUGUCCAGAAUGACAGGCGAGGCACAGGCGGUCCGUGGGCAAUACAUCACAUCUGAAGAGCAUCCCAUGACACAAAUAAACUUAUGCUACUGGCUUAUCUGGUUCUAAUCAGCAAAAACAGAGAGAUGCGUGUGUAUGCGGCCUGCAAGGCUAUUAUUCUGAAAGAUGAACAAAUGUGUCUUGCUUUCCUUUUUGUCUGGCUUUGGUAUAUUUUUUGUAAUGCUACCAUGCCACAUUUUGUAUGAUGACCAUCGGUAGCAUAGUGCCAAAAGUCAUAUGACCUGAAUGAUCAGUUUGAAUAUUUUUGGAUAUAACACACCUGCCAUACAGUCCAGAGUAGAUUGCAGAAGAAGACGGUCAUAGCGGCUGAACAGUUCUUCCCCUACCAGACUCUCCACCUUCCAAACGAAAACAGAAGCAAAUGAAAGAUGGCCGGAUUUAAAACACCAAUGAUAAAUAAGCAGUUACAUUUAUUUAUUUUAAAUUUUUAGCUUUACCUGUGCCGGUGUGGGCAAUGCUGUGCAGCCUGCCUGAGCACAGGUGACGCCGUGGACAUUUCCCUCUGUUAUCUGUAGCUUACAGAACUCAGCUAGACAGGGCUGGCAGAAGACAUGACCACAUUCUUGUAUCUGUACACACUCUGAACCGAGGUAGCUCAUAAAACACACAGAGCAAUCAAAACCUGUGCUUUGAAAAACUUUGUGCCUUUGGGCUGCAUCAUAAAUCAGUAUUUCAGCCAUGAGAGUUUGCGCUGGAGUUAAGCAGAGACCAGAGACUGGUUGGUUCUGUGUGGUGCUGUCAAACACAGAAGCAGUGUGAUUUCCAGCUGCUUCACCAAAACGUUCUUCUUCAUUGAAUGGGACAUAAGAGUCUUCACUAAACUUCCAGGAUUCAGGAACUGCAGUCUCUCUCGAGUCUUCCUGACUACUGGCCAUCAAUUUAUCUGAAAGGUGACAACUCUGGCCACCUUUGGAUCCUGAAGCCAGGGUUAUUUGAUUGAUUUUCAGGUUUGAGAGUGCAGAAAUUGUGUCUUUACUGAUGUACGGGGUGCUGUGAUCAUUGGAAAGUUCCAGCAGAGAACUGAUAUUCAGGAAUCUGAGAGUAUCGUCCCUGAGAAACUGUACCCAGGAGAAGAUCACCACAUCACCUCCAGUAGCUUGAUAGAGAUCAAUGAGGUGAGCCCCCAAAGAAGCAAGCUAGAGAGAUGCAGAGAAAAAUGGCUGUUGUGAUCCCUGUAAACCAAUCCACACCCUGAUGUGUUCUACUGCUUACCUGUUUGUGUGUCAGCCAGCUACAGCGGAGAAUAAAGGAGGGAGGGGAGGAGGAGGGAUAAUCCUCAGGGAAAUCAAAGGUCAGAAGCAGUGGCGGAAGGAACGUUAUCUCGUACUGCUUCAGUGUUUCACCUAUGAAAUAGCAAACAGUCAUGGUCCUGUGAAAUCUGAUUUACUGGCUCUUGUUUUAGUCUGAAGGUUUUGUUCACCAAGACUGAUGUCAUGAGAGUCAAUAGGUCGUACUAUUAACCACAAAACGAGACGUAAUGUUACCUGGUUCUCAUGGUAUUUACCUUCCCUUAGUGCCACCAUGAAGCCGGAAGGCAGCUCUGUUGACACUCUCGCUUCUCCAGCAGUCUUUAGUCCAUGCCGAACAAACUCCUCUGAGCCCAGGAUACUGUGGAGAGCAAGCAGCUCGUUUUCUUGUUCCUCCAAGUCCAUACCUGCAGUCUAAAGGGCUGAAAAUACCAUUCACUUCCUCCUCUCUACUGAGCUUUUAGUUCAAAACAAUUACUGGCUCGUGUGUUGUUUUGUGCCUGAUCAGCUGCCCGUCCCACUGGUGACUCAUCAGUAUGAUGCAAGAAACCAGAAGCCUCAGCAAUUCCAGUCAGCAGCACUGCAAGUCAUACAUUCAUGCACUACACUGACUGGCACCAUUGACAUAUAUUUAUAUAUGAAAUACGAAAAUGUCUAAUACCAGUCAAUCCCUGCAGGAUUUCGCAGUGUGACUGCCUAAAAUGCCAGAUUCCGUGGCAGCUUCUUCACAAAAGUUGCGGCAAAAGUUGCACUGUUUUGAGUUUUUUUUUCCCCUCCGCUUGUGACUGUAGGAAUUUGUUAUCAACGUUUUAACUCUUCUUUGCAACUUUACCCCUAAAAAGCACAGGAUUUCAACAAAUUUAACAAAAUAUACUUUAUUUGCAUAUUAAACUCAAGUGCUCAUGGAUAUCAUGAGCCUUUUUUAAGAUGCCUGAUUUGGCAGCAGUUUUUCCCCAAAAAUUGCGAAGAACGUUGCAGUGUUUGAUGUCAAGUCUAUUCCAGAGUCUCCCGGACACACUCCUCCUUGUGUCCCUUAUUCCAUGCUUUUAGUUUACAGUACGUUGAGCAGUAAAGAACCUUGUGGCAACGAGUACAGGCAGUUAGUGUCACCGCUGCAGAGCGACCACAAUGGUAGCAGAACUUAAAUAGUUUCCUGGGAAAAGACUUACGGUUAGAGAUGUGCAUCAUUAUAUCUUCAAUAAAUGCGACAAUUUGAAAACACAUUUCUGUGUUACCUUUGUUUCAUUGCCAUGGGAGGUUUGUUGUCAUUGGCAACAGUUGCACCCUCACCUGUGGGGAGAACAUCUGAAUGUGGAUCAUCACACAUCAUUUUUGGUUUAUGACCAUCUUAAGAAGAAAACUUUAUGAGUGACAAAAAAAUAUUUUAGACUUACUAUUCUGUAAAAGGCGCUUUUCUGUCUCAAAUUGCUCCUUCUCUCUCUGAACAGCUGCCUCUCUCAGCAGAUCUCCCAUGAUGCCCAGUAGGUGGCGCCGUGUUUUGAAUGUUUCUCUCUCCUCCAUAUUGAGAGUAUGGAAGGGUGUGUUGGCAAUACGCAAGUCCUGGACAACAGUAUUACACACAACUGUUAACUAAUACCAGUUGUAACAUAGCUGUAAUGUAGGUCAACAAAGCAUAUGGCAGAAGUUGACAUACUCAUUAUGGGCUUGAAUGUCUUAAUUUUGAGCCCUUGAUUAUUUCAAGGGUUCUCUUGCCAGGAUUGAACGAUUAUAGUCUUUUAAAUAUUGUUGCUGAAAGAUCCAGAAUGACUUCACUUGACAAGGCCAAGCCUUAUUAAAUUUCUCAGUUGUGAUUGACUGCAGUUAUUGUCUCUUUGGCAGCCUACACUUAUGUUUUUUUGUUUUUCAAUUUUAGGGUUGUCAAAUGAUUCAAAUUUGUAAUCAGAUUAAUCACAGUUUUCAAAUUAAUUAAUCUAGGGUUCCUAUGGAUUUGACAUUUCAAAAGACAUUUCUUCCAGACUUCUUCUAGACUAAGUAAAUUGAUGUGUAACAUUACAACUGAAGGAUUGUUAUAUAUGUCCAAACAAAGGUACCUUUAGUUGUAUCAGGCAUUAAAAUAAACAAGAAACUGAAGAAACAAGGGUGGUCUAAUCAUUUUUAGUAGCAGAUCAUUUGAGUCACACUUUAACUGUGUUAAUAUGAGGUUGCGUAGUUAAGGUGAAGCUUGCUAAAGGAUAUUUCACCAAACAUUCUUUGCAUGUAUUGUACAUAUUUGAGCCUGUAUGUAUAACAGUGACCCUGUGUAAAUUACAAUAGAAAAACAAAAUAAAUGUGAAGUUGUAUACACAAUUCUUGUUUUUAAAAAUGAUUGAAGAUGUACAUCCUAUAAUCAUUUUACCUUGGCAAAGGAAUUGUUCAAAUAAAUAAUUACAAAUUCAGUUCAAAAUGUUGGUAAAAAAUUAGGUCUGUCUAAAUCAAUUAAUCCUGAAUAAUAUAAAAUGAGUCCACAUUGUGUGAUUGUUCUCAUUAGAAAUUAUAAUCAUUUCACAGCCCUAGUAGAAUCAAAAAUAAGUGUUACCUGGUUAAAAGAGUGGUGUGCAUAGUCAACUGCAGUCCCCUUGAUAUCACCCACCUGAACUGGCAUCAAUAUGUCAGCACCAGCCUUUUCUAACAUGUCCAACUAAAUCAAAAACACACAUCAGAGUACACAGACUACAACAAAAUCUGUCAUUUUUUUGGUAAAAAUUUUUAGUCAAUAAAACAUUGCAGUGGCAUUUCUGGAGUUAUAAAAAACACAACAAAGCAUUUUAAAAAGAUACACUGUACAGAAUUGUACAAGUCUGUGUCCGUACAAAAAAAUAAAUAAUCUUGAUGAACUAGGAUGUG